UCUGCCAAGGUCAUCGCGGCAUCGCGCAGGGCCUCGGCGAGCGAAAAAUUUUCAGCCGAGCUCAGUUUAUCCAGUGAGCUCGUACCGUCAAGUAUUGCGUUGUGGUUCGGUCCCUUAGUGAGAUACUACUCCCCUUUCUAACUUCACUAGAAAGCAAACUCCAAAAUGCCGUUCAAGAGUAUUAAGGCCCGCCAGAUCUUCGACUCGCGUGGCAACCCCACCGUCGAGGUCGACCUGAUCACCGAUCUGGGUCUGUUCCGCGCGGCGGUCCCGUCCGGCGCCUCCACCGGUGUCCACGAGGCGCUGGAGCUGCGCGACGAAGUCAAGGCCGACUGGCACGGCAAGGGCGUCCUGAAGGCGGUGGAGAACAUCAACAAGUCGAUCGCGCCGGCCGUCAUGGCGUCCGGACUGUGCGUGACCCAGCAGAAGGAGAUCGAUGAGCUGAUGCUGAAGUUGGACGGAACCGAGAACAAGUCGAAGCUCGGUGCCAACGCCAUCCUGGGAGUCUCGCUGGCCGUGUGCAAGGCUGGUGCCGCCAAGAAGGGCAUUCCGCUGUACAAGCACAUCGCUGAGCUGUCCGGAAACGGUGACAUCAUCCUGCCGGUGCCGGCCUUCAACGUGAUCAACGGUGGCAGCCACGCUGGUAACAAACUGGCCAUGCAGGAGUUCAUGAUCCUGCCGACCGGUGCGUCGUCCUUCACCGAAGCCAUGAAGAUCGGCACGGAGGUGUACCACCACCUGAAGAACGUCAUCAAGGCCAAGUUCGGUCUGGACGCGACCGCCGUCGGUGAUGAGGGUGGCUUCGCGCCCAACAUUCUGGAGAACAAGGAAGCGCUGAACCUGAUCCAGGAUGCCAUCGCCAAGGCCGGUUACACCGGAAAGGUCGAGAUCGGCAUGGACGUCGCCGCGUCCGAGUUCCACAAGGACGGCAAGUACGAUCUGGACUUCAAGAACCCCAAGUCGGACAAGAGCGCCUGGCUGUCGCCGGACUCCCUCGAGGAAAUGUACCAGGGCUUCAUCAAGGACUUCCCGAUCGUCAGCAUUGAGGAUCCCUUCGACCAGGACCACUGGGACGCCUGGGCGAAGAUCACCGCCAACACCACGAUCCAGAUCGUCGGUGACGAUUUGACUGUGACCAACCCGAAGCGUAUCGCUACUGCCGUCGAGAAGAAGGCCUGCAACUGCCUGCUGCUGAAGGUCAACCAGAUCGGUUCCGUGACCGAGUCCAUCAACGCCCAUCUGCUGGCCAAGAAGAACGGCUGGGGAACCAUGGUGUCGCAUCGCUCCGGUGAAACCGAGGACACCUUCAUCGCCGAUCUCGUCGUCGGUCUGAGCACUGGCCAGAUCAAGACCGGAGCUCCGUGCCGAUCGGAGCGUCUGGCCAAGUACAACCAGAUUCUGCGCAUUGAGGAGGAGCUCGGCAGCGGUGCCAAGUUCGCCGGCAAGAAGUUCCGUCACCCGCAGUAAAUCCCAAAGACGGUGGAAGCGAAAGAAACAAAAACUGAGCACAUACCACAUUUUGAGCGCGCGUAGUUCAUAGUCUCGUCACUCUCUGACUCUCAUAUUACUAAUAUUACUAAGUAAGGGACAGAUAUCAAUUACAUAACCUAAAACAAAACAAACCCUAAAUGUGUGUGUGAAUAUGCACAGUUCCGCGAGAGCAAAACGAAGCAAAGUCAGGAUAUUUUGCGUUACAACAAAACCCAACAAACAACCUAAGCGUACCUCCCACUAUUUGAUAUAGGAUCGUACAAGCAUCGUCGACAGGAGGAUUUUCAGGCAAAAUUUAAAAAAUGAUUGUUACUGUUAAUUGAAAAUAAAGAAAAAGGAAUGAUACUGAGUAAAUAGUAAGAAUGAAAUACAUGAUUAUUGGUAAAUACACAACAGACAUAAAAGA